CAUAUCUCUGUCUCUGUUUUUCUUUUUUUUUCUUCUUCUUAGAAAGUACAUUAGAUUUCUAGCAAUGCGAGGGGUCGUCUUAUUGUCGGCGCUCCUUUGCGCCACCUGCCAUAUCGCCCUUUCUGCGAGCAAUGACACCGCGAGGAACGGUACCGUGGCCGACGGGCUGCUAGAUAAUGGUAACUUUGAGCAAGCCCCAAAUGCAACAAACAUGAAGGGAACUGUGGUUGUGGGACGCUACGCAAUUCCAGGAUGGGUAAAUGAGGGGUUUGUUGAAUACAUAAAGUAUGGGCAAAAGCAAGGGGACAUGUUGCUGGUGGUGCCUGAGGGGGCAUAUGCAGUGAGGCUAGGAAACGAGGCAUCCAUCAAGCAGAAGAUAAAGGUGAUCAAAGGCAUGUACUACUCCAUCACGUUCAGUGCGGCUCGGACUUGCGCUCAAGAGGAGCAAUUGAAUGUAACAGUGGCGCCGGAUUCCGGUGUGCUACCUAUCCAGACAGUGUACAGCAGCACCGGUUGGGACAAUUAUGCGUGGGCCUUCAAAGCAGAAUCUGGUGUGGUAGAGUUGAUUAUUCAUAAUCCAGGAGUGGCGGAGGAUCCAGCGUGUGGACCUCUCAUCGAUGCUGUUGCUAUCAAGGCUUUAUACCCUCCUAGACUGACCAACAACAACAUAAUGAAAAAUGCUGGUUUUGAAGAAGGUGCAUAUAUAUUUCCCAACACUCCAUGGGGUGUCCUAAUCGCGCCUAACAUUGAGGAUGAUCACUGUCCUCUCCCUGGCUGGAUAGUUGAAUCUCUCAAGGCCGUCAAGUACAUCGAUUCAGCCCAUUACUUCGUGCCUCAAGGGCGAAGAGCGGUGGAGCUAGUAGCCGGAAAAGAGAGUGCCAUCGCUCAAGUAGCAAGAACCAUCGUUGGAAAAACAUAUAGGCUCUCAUUCUCAGUGGGGGAUGCUAACAACUCUUGUGUAGGUUCUUUGGUCGUGGAAGCAUUCGCCGGCAAAGGCACACUCAAAGUUCCAUACGAGUCGAAGGGCACGGGUGGGUUCAAGCGUGCUGUGCUCGAAUUCGUGGCUGUGUCCAACCGGACAAGGAUCAUGUUCCUUAGCACAUAUUACACUAUGAGAAGCGAUGACUUCUCUUCUCUAUGCGGCCCUGUCGUUGAUGAUGUGAAGCUAUUGAGCGUCCGCAAACCUUGAUCAUGGUUGUUGACCUGUUCGGGGUUGUUGAUGAAGCAAGUCGGAUAUGGCCUGUUCCGGGUUGUUGAUGAAACAAGUCGGAUAUGGCCAAGAAUCUGAAUAUAUUGAACCUUUUGCUAAGAAAGUUAUUUUUGCAUGGAAAAUCAAGGGUUUUCGUGUGAGUUUAAUUAGCCUAUUAAUCCAAAAUAAGAUUAUUUAUAUACUAAUAUAAGGUGGUAUACUAGUGUGAUUUUAUUACCUGUUUAUGUAUUUUAGCAUGAUAAAUAUUAAAAAAAAAUGGUUAA